CACAGCGAAUAGCGCAACAGCUGUUUGCCCCCAGCACAACACUCGACCUUUGGAUUUUGGAUUUCUUUCAUUUUAAAUUUAAACAAGCAGCACAACUAGCUGUUAGUUUACAUCAUGAAUAUGGACCGGUUGGUGCAGUUAAACAACCAGGCAGGCGGUCGGGACAAGAUUGCCCGGCUCAUUCAGUAUGCGUCGCGGGCGAUGUGGGACUCCCUGGAGGCCGCCAAUUCCAGUCCCGCGCUGGUGGAUAACUUUAAGACGAUCGAAUACAUCCUGAGUACCUUCCGGAAGUUGCUACGCUUUGGCAAGUGCGUGGAUGUAUUUUACGGUACCCUGAAAACUAUCCACCAUCCGGACCUCACAAUCCGGGUGACGCUUACCCUCAGUAAACUGUCACAGUCGCUGUUUCUGUUUGCCGACCACUUCCUCUGGUUGGCUCGAACUGGACUGACGGCGGUGAACGCCAAGCGGUGGUCCAACAUAGCCAACAAAUACUGGCUCUUUUCGAUCAUCAUGAACCUGUGCCGGGAUUUUUACGAGAUCCUAAGGGUUCUGGACCUGCAUCGAUCAAGCUGUAAGGGCGGAAUCUCUCGCUGCCGUAUUCCUACGAGCAUCAACUCGCCGGAGGACUUUAAGCGCCUUGCUUUGCAAUCAUUUGUGCUGAUGCAGGGGCACAAGGACAUUGUUGUGGACACAGUGAAAAAUGUGUGCGACUUCUUUAUUCCCCUGACAGCGCUUGGCUACACAAGUCUCACGCCUCGGACAAUAGGUCUCCUGGGAGCGAUUUCGUCAUUGGCCGGUCUCUGGGCUUUGCUAGAACCGCGGGCCAAGCUAACGCCUGCAUAACACCUGAUAUUGGCAGCCUUGUAGAUAGGGCCCCCAUUUCCUUGUAUCUAUUUUAAUUGUUGUACUGUAUAUGUAUUUGUGAUUGGAUUAAGUUGAAAGAUAAACGAAACGAACGAUUUUAUGAA